GUCCAAUUCCGACGCGUUCCGGUCCUGUCCGUCGCUGUUCGCUCGCGGCUUGACUCCUCGUUGUGAAAGGAGGGGACAUAUCCUGAACCGAGCUCAUUUCUGCCCUCACGUUCCUCACCGGAGAAGAGAGUCCGCUGCCUCCGAUGAAAGAAGUCAGCCGUAACUCGGGGUGUAUUUUCUAACGCGGGCUCACCAUCCUCCCACAUGCUCUGACACGUCUCCAGAUAUUACACACAUCCCGUCUCGUCGGUCGGCGGAGGGAACAUUUUUUUACUCUGCUGCUUUGACACAUUGUGAAUACACACACGAGACGCGCAGAGGGGGAAGAUGUUGCUGAAGGAGUACAGGAUAUGCAUGCCCCUCACAGUGGAGGAGUACCGGAUUGGGCAGCUGUACAUGAUCAGUAAACACAGCCACGAGCAGAGCGAUCGAGGGGAAGGCGUGGAGGUGGUGCAGAAUGAACCGUAUGAAGACCCGGCGCACGGCCAAGGGCAGUUCACAGAGAAACGAGUCUACCUCAACAGUAAAUUACCCAGCUGGGCUCGAGCAGUGGUUCCUAAAAUCUUCUAUGUGACAGAGAAAGCAUGGAACUACUACCCUUACACCAUCACAGAAUAUACAUGCUCAUUCCUGCCCAAGUUCUCCAUCCACAUAGAGACAAAAUACGAGGACAACAAAGGUUGCAAUGACAAUAUCUUUGACACUGAGUUGAAGGAGCAGGAGAGGGAGGUGUGUUACAUCGACAUCGCCUACGACGAGAUCCCAGAGCGCUACUAUAAAGAGUCGGAGGACUUGAGGUAUUUCAAGUCAGAGAAGACCUCACGGGGGAUUCUUCAGGAGGGCUGGAGGGACACCCAGGAACCCAUCAUGUGCUCAUACAAACUGGUCACCGUCAAGUUUGAGGUGUGGGGUCUGCAGACCCGUGUGGAGCAGUUUGUACACAAGGUGGUUCGGGAUGUGCUGCUGCUGGGGCAUAGACAGGCAUUUGCCUGGGUGGAUGAGUGGAUUGACAUGACAAUGGAUGAGGUGAGAGAGUUUGAGCGCACUAUCCAGGAGGCCACCAACCAGAAGAUCGGGAUAUUUCCUCCAUCGAUCUCCAUCAGCGAGACACCCCUGUCCUCCUGUGCCCUCACCGGCCCUGCCAGCGCCCCUUCCACCCCCAUGUGCACUGAUGCGCCUGAGUCCCUCUCUGUCCCCAAGGACCGACCCCGCAAAAAGUCUGCUCCAGAAACCCUGACCCUUCCCGACCCUGUUCCAAGUGGCGUCCCCCAGGGCUCUAAUAUGAGCCCACUACCUGUUUCAAACCACCUCCAAUCAUCCACACCGCCUUCUUCCCACUCUGAUAUUGCUGAGAUGGAUGAGCAGUAGAGGGACCUUGGGAUGUCUUCCCCCUACGCCUUGCUUUCCUUAAUUUUCUGACCCCAUUGUCUUAGUAGCCCAGUGAGACUAGCCUAACCUCCAAACACCAGUGCCCAGACUUUCAAGUUCUCUAGCCAUAUACCAUAAUUUGCCAUAAUCUUGGACACACAACAAUCAAUCUAGAAGUCUUCAUCACUGUCACUAAUACCAUCCAGGCAGCUGUAGGUUCAGCAACCCUGACAUAGAUGACUUCCUCUUCCUAUGAGUCCAGCCAGACACGUCUCAUCUAUUAUAACAACCACCUGUGAUGUGUAAUCAAAACAAAGAGCAUCCGUAAUUAUUUUUUGUUGAGCGGCAGUUUCCUAUGUUAUAUGAAUAAAUUAAUCUUAGUGUCUCCUUAGUCAUGUUUCUUCAAUCAGACAAGCUGAUUGCUUUCAAGCUAUUAAACUAUGAAGUAGUUGCCUUAGCACCACAGAGCCAGUGGUGUUUAUUAGUUUUGACAAUGUACGUAAACAAAUGACUGAAGAAUAUUGUCAUUUUUCAGCCUGUAAAAUGGUCAUAUGUAUUAAAUUAGAAAUUAAAUCAGUGAUACAAACUAGAGUAGCACAUUAGACCUAGUAUGUUAGUGUAACACACCAGAAAGAUAGCCAAGUACAUAAUAAAACCGCUUAGCGACUGUUUCCUGAGCCAUCCCAACUGGCAUGCGGAUCAGUUUGCACUCAUCCUUUCCAUCCUGAACUCCAAUUAUUAUUAUAACAGAUGCAAGAUCAGUACAAUCACAGAGCGUUUACACCUCAGGUCUCCCCCGACUACCUGGCUCACACUCCAAAGGCAGGGAUAUUAUUAUACCUUUCUCUCCCUGCUUAUUGCCAAACAGCCACAUUUUAUACCUCUGCAGAUAUUACAAUACAGCAACUAUUGUAUGUACUAUACCAGUCUACUUAACCCUUGGAAUGUUUACACAUCAGAAACCAUGGAGGAUUUGCAUAUUAGCGGUAAUGUUGUAGAUUAAGCUGUUGUUGUAUCUGCACUUGCAGUUUUAGCAUGACCGUUAAUGACUCUAAAACUGAAUUUGUUGAUGUUUAAUAAUGCAUAUAUCUUACUCAAGUUGACUGAGAGGUCAGUACAACAACAAAAGAAGCUAAGUAAAAUGUUGCCUGAAACUAAUGCUGGACAUCUCAUGUGACAUAAAUGUGAUUCAGUUUUAUCAAAUCAGUAAAAUCACUCCAAUGUCGUGUAGGAUCAAGGCCAUUUUUGGGGAAUUUUCAAGCACUGACUGAUCUUUGUGCAUGGUGGAGGUAAAGGAGAAGGGCACGUGCAUCAAGCUGACUUGAGUAUGUGCUUCGUUAGCUGCAUAGCAUUUGCAAAAGUGCUGACACCAUUGCUUUUCCAGUGCUGGUUGGUAAUACUUCGCCAGUGCUCUGGUGGGCACGAAAAAUGAUUUUGAAAUGGGAACAUACUUUGCAGUGACCCGUUAUUUCUGCUGGGCUUAUACUGCAAGCUACCAUCUAAAAUCCUAAAGGGGAAACAAGUACAUGAGGACAGCAAGUUAUUCUUUGAACCCCCUUUUUCAAAUGAUAUUAUUAAAGGAGGGUUUUAUAUGCUGCAUGGAAUGUUCACAACAUAUAUACAUAUUAUAUGUAGUAUAUAUGUAUAUCAUGUAAAUGAAUGGAUUGGCACAGUAUAUUUGGUGAUGCACUUGUAUGAAAAAAGUGAAUGCCAACUUUGGAAGCUCUGUGCUAAUUUUGUAUAAUAGAAGGAGCAGAUUUUGAGUGAAACGUAAGCAUGCCCAGAGAAUAUAGGCCUACAAACUCUUUCAACUCAGUGCCUCUGCAUGCAACUAUUGUAUCAUCGCCUACGUGUGUAAACUAAAAUCUCUUAUAUUUCAUCUAUAGAAACACAAAAUUUCAUUAAAUUUCUUUGCCUGUUUUCUAUCUCAAAUGUUGCAUUUAACCAAGUAUAAAAACGGGCUACAGCCCCAUAAUACAGUAGCUGAUCUACAACAUAAUCAGAUUAAAUCGAUCAUAUCAAGCUACAUCAUCAGUCUCUCAAGUAACAGGGCUAAAUUGUUAUUAUAUUUUAGAAAAUUAGUACAUUUUUGUUCCCCUACUCAUACCAAUUACUUCGAACUUUACAGCGUAAAUGCAUUUUGCACUUUCCAGUCUUUGACACCUUAUUUGACAAUGAAGAAAUGUGUUAAAUUACAGUCUUGUUGGGUUUGUUGGACCAAAGUCCUAUUAUACAGCAUAGUGACUUCCAAGAGAGAAGGUCAAGGAGAGAGUCCUCAGUGGUCUUGCCAUAAAAUACUGUUAAUAUUAUGUACAGUUUCUCACUUGCUUUUGUUAAAAAAAACAAACAACUGUAGCUAUUUAUCUGUAACUGUAGCUUUUGUCUUUUGCCUUUUGAGGAUAAAAAUGUUAUAUACCAGUUUUUGGCCCUCUGUAUUGAUCUAUUAUGUAUAGGUUAUACAUACUUACAGCUCUGGUAUUGACCAUCUCUCUUGUCAGGAACACAGAGAUCCAGGGAUAUGUUUGAUCUGCCAUGGGCUAUUAAAAAUGAUGCAAAAUAUCCACUUAUGUAACAUGAAGCUCUGCUCUGUUUAAAAGAGUAACAUAUUAGGUAUUGUAAAUACUGUUGUUAAUGACUAAUAUAGUAGGUUUCUUACAUUGAUUACUGAUGUGACAUGAAUGUGUUCAAUAAUUUGAAAUAGACAAAGAAGGACAUUAUCUAGUGUUUGUGUUGUAAAGAUGGCAUCUUCACAGACAUGAAUUAAAGGUUUGUUUUAAUCUAGGAGUUAAAUGUGUCUGUAUCUAUGAUGUAAUUGUCAUCUAUUGAGGGCGACAGAGUAUCAAGAUUCCUCAUUGUAGUGGUGCACUUUUGACUCUCCAGAUGCUUUUGGUGACCCUGCAGGGCAAAAUUUGUACAAGUUGUAAAACAAAAUGAAGCAUUUCUUUUUAGUGGGGUGGCUGCUUUGACGUUUACUUGCCAUAUUAAUUGAGAGGUGAUUGGCUUUUCUGUUUCUUUUCUUUGUAGUAAACCUGCUGUACUUUGAUUUUGUGGUUGCUGUAUUGUUUGAAGGAAAAUCUAAAUCAGUUUAUCAUUAUUUCUUUUGGAUAGAAGGACCAAGCUUCUCACUCCUCCUCCCCUCCUAAUAAUGCAGUUUGCAUUCGGCCAGGCUGUUGUGCUGUCUCCUGAUAACUGGGACCUGUCUCACCGACCAGGAUCACUGAGUUAGCUGUAGGAAUGAAACUGCUCUGUGUACUACACUUAGUGUUGGAGAUCAGGUGUGGUUCUGGCUUAACCGGCUUUCUGCAUUAAUCCUACUGUGUGAAACAGGGCCCAGAAGUGCCAUUGUUGUUCGGCUGCUGGAAGUCGCUCUUAGUUCUUCCACUUUAACUAUUGUAUUUGUUAUAUUUUUACUGCUCUUUGAAGUUCAUUUGGUUCUUUGUUGUAAUUGUUUUACUUUUUCUGAAAUAGACAAAUAAACUUUACUAGCUAUUGCA